AUGUUCACCUCGCUGGACCACCAAUACAAGUCUGCAGCGCCAGUAUCUAACUUGACAAAAAACUUGAUGUCUUCGGGGCAAAAGAUGUCAAAUGCUGCCCCUACUUCAAGGGCAGACCAUAUCACGAGUCAACAUGUUCAUUCAGAUUCUUCGCAUAAGCACAUGCCGGCUGGCCUGGUGGCACAUUCCCAGAAUCUCGAUCAUCAACAGACAUUUCCCUUUCCUUCAUCUUCGUCGCUGUUCACAUCGAACUUUCCUCAAGAGUCCAGCAUUUACGGCCUGAAUGGCAUCCCCAAACUGAACAAUAGCAUGAACUACAUUCCCUUGGGUCAUAAUGCACCAACGAUAAUCUCGUCUUCGUAUACCUCUAAUCACUCACAUACACCUUCUUUCCAGAGUGCUGCGACUCAUCUUAUGGACAGAAGCGACAGCAACGUCACCUCCAAUGCGAUAUCGGCCCCAGUAAUGCAGACCCACCUAGCGCCUAACGUUCAGACGGGUUUUCUUCCUUCGUCUUAUAGCAAAGCUCCCAUGGGACACGGACUUCCAACGACAAACCUUCUGAUGAAUUCGGUAAAUUCGAGCUUGAGUGUCUUUCAUCAUCCGCAUGAUCCCCACAGAUCCAGUUUUUCAGCUACUCCUCAACUGUAUCAGUCACAAUUUGAACACCCCACCUCUCAACAGUUUCUCCACGAUCAAAUGGCUCAGUCUCUUCCAACAGGUGGUUUUGCGAGUCGCUCCCUUCAUCCUUACCUGCAACGAUCGUCUUUGGCUAAGGACUCUCCAGGUCGAAUUACUUCCAAUUUGCAGCCUCCCUCACUGAUACCACUGCUAAGUUCUAAUCCUCCUAGUGGAAGCACGCUGAACUUCAGUCAAAUUCAUCAUUUUUUCGCUCCAGACCAUUAUAUGACGUAUGAUGAAUACUUGGAGAAGCUCAACAAGAGGGAUGCCGAGGCUCCACCAACAGACGAUAACGGCUACGACGAACAUUUAAACAUUGUAAAGUUUCCAGUCAAUGAUCUUAUCACAAUGCUUGCUUGCCUUUUAACGAAGAUCAUAGAGGCUAAUGAUAAGCUCCACCCUAAUCAUUUUGAUACAACGAUUGCAAUUAGACAAAAAUUGAAGGAAGAAAAGAAAAAGAAAAAGUUAGAGAAGGAGAGAUCACGACAACAUGCAGUUGACAGUAUGACAUAUUCAGAUGACGGUAUCAAUACCACUGUCGAGCACAUCGACGAUGACUAUGCAAACUCCUCUGGAGACGAGCAAGACAGCGAAGACGAGCUCAAAAAUAGAUACUUGGCCAACGUGCUUGCAUUUCAUGGUACAAACAUUCCGGGCAUUACAUUGAACGCAUACCUCACCAGAGUGCUCAAAUAUUGUCCCGUUACAAACGAGGUAUUUCUUUCCCUUCUAGUGUAUUUUGACCGAAUUGCAAAGAAGGCCAAUAAUUUGAAAAAGUCCCACGGGUCUGACGACAACAGUGGAGAAGCUGAGCAGCUAUUUGUCAUGGAUUCGUACAAUAUUCACCGGUUGAUCAUCCUGGGGAUAACUGUGAGCUCGAAAUUUUUCAGUGACAUCUUCUACAAAAAUCUCAGAUACGCCAAGGUUGGAGGGUUGCCAUUGGAAGAACUCAAUUACUUGGAAUUGCAGUUUCUUCUACUACUCGACUUCAAGCUUAUGAUCUCAGUUGAAGAUCUACAGAAUUAUGGAGACCUUUUGCUCAAGUUCUGGAAACGUGAGCAAUUAGCUGGAGACCUAGUGGACAACGCCAACAAGGCAGAGGCGGAGUCCGCAGCAGCCAAUACAUGA